UUUUUCUGUAAACUGUGGCAAACAAGUUGUGCUCGGAGCUGCUGAGGGGGCGGCUGCUGAUCGGCAGGCAAAAAGGCAGAGCAACGGGGCCAGAGUGCAGCAAAGCUGGUUCCUGGAAAACAUUUCUAUGAUCUUUUGAACAGCGACUCCCUGAUUCGCCCACUGAACAGGACAAGUCAUGUACCAAGUUGUACCUGGAGGAGCGGGAGGCACAAUUACAGAUGUUAUCCCCAAGCAGAAACACAGCAAGGACACUCGACCCUUAGUCGGAGCUGGAGUAAUCGGCCUGGUGCUGGUAAUUGCAGCAGUGACUGCAUGGUGUUAUUACAUAGCCUCUCUGCGCAAAGCUGAGCUGCUUAAGACUCAGCUCUUGGAUUUGAAUAAAGAUGGCUACAUUAUCCGCAACCAGGGGGGGUCUAUUGUUUUCAGGAUGGAUUUCAGGUCAGGCACACUGGAUUUGGAUUCAUGCUCCAAAGAAGGGGAGAUGCUGAGCUGUGGGAGCACUACUGAUAGAAAACUCAACUUUUUCAUAGAGACAGUGCGCCCCAAGGACACUGUACAGUGCUACCGUGUGCGUUGGGAGGAACUGGUUCCUGACAUUCCUGUAGAGCAUGCCAUGACAUACACAUUUGCACACUGGUAUGGUGGUGCUGUGUCAGCAAUUCAACACUGGCCUAUUUCUAUUUCUGGCCAACAGGCUCCCAAACCCUUUGUUACUAGUGACAUCUACUCAAACCGUAAUGAAUUUGGUGGGAUUUUGGAGAGUUAUUGGCUUUCAUCCAAUGCUACGGCCAUCAAGAUUAAUAAUUCAGUGCCCUUCCACCUGGGCUGGAAUGACACAGAGAAGACCAUGUCCUUCCAGGCGCGAUACAAUGACAGUCCCUUUAAGCCAAACCCAGGAGAGGCACCAUGCGCCGAACUCAGCUACAGAGUGUGUGUGGGCUUGGAUGUGACAUCAAUACACAAGUACAUGGUCCGUAGAUACUUCAACAAACCUAACAAAGUGCCCGCCAAAGUCAUGUUUCGCCAUCCUAUAUGGUCAACCUGGGCGCUUCAUAAGACUGACAUUGACCAAGAGAAAGUCUUAGCUUAUGCUGCAAACAUCCGCAAGCACUCCUUUAACUGUAGCCACUUGGAAGUAGAUGACCGCUACACCAGCCGCUAUGGAGAAUUUGAGUUUGACACAACAAAGUUCCCCAAUGCUUCUGCCAUGUUCCAAAAGCUGAAAUCAGAUGGAUUUCUGGUGUCGCUGUGGAUUCACCCUUUUGUCAACUACGACUCUGAAAACUUCCAUACUUGUGUGGAGAGGGGGCUGUUUGUCCGGGAGCCCACAGGCCGGCUGCCAGCCUUGGUGCGCUGGUGGAAUGGUAUUGGCGGCAUUUUGGAUUUCACAAAUCCAGAAGCUCGUGAUUGGUUUUCCUCCCAGCUGCGUUCGCUGCGCUCCAGGUUUGGCGUAUCAUCUUUUAAAUUUGACGCAGGGGAGACCAACUACUUACCAUGGAAAUUCAGUACUAGAACUCCCAUUCGGGACCCAAGUUUUUUCACAAGACGUUACACGGAAAUGGCCAUUCCCUAUAAUGAUAGAGCUGAGCUGCGCAGUGGCUACCAGUCCCAGAACAUAUCCUGCUUCUUCAGACCAAUCGACAGAGACUCUGUUUGGGGCUAUGAGCUGGGUCUCAAAUCUCUUAUUCCCACAGUGCUCACCAUCAGCAUUCUCGGCUAUCAGUUCAUCCUCCCGGACAUGAUCGGAGGGAACGCCUAUCUGAACCGCACAGAUGGAAAUCAUGUGUUGCCUGAUCGAGAACUCUAUAUCCGCUGGCUGGAGCUGGCGGCCUUCAUGCCCUCCAUGCAGUUUUCCAUUCCUCCGUGGGAAUACGACAAUGAGGUGAUCGAAAUUGCUCGGAAAUACACAGCCCUCCAUGAGAGUAUUGUGGCGCCAAGGGUCCUGGAGCUGGCUGGUGAGGUGCUGGACACCGGGGACCCAAUAAUACGGCCACUGUGGUGGAUUGCCACAGGUGAUGAGACAGCCUAUAAAAUCGACUCCCAGUUCCUGAUUGGGGAUGACCUCAUGGUAGCCCCAGUUUUAGAGCCGGGAAAGCAAGAGCGAGACAUCUACCUCCCAGCCGGCCGUUGGCGAAGCUACAAGGGGGAGAGAUUUGAUAUCAAAGAGCCACUGCAUCUCACAGACUAUCCUGUGGACCUGGAUGAGAUUGCUUACUUUGUUUGGGUGUAGUGAAUGUAAAGCUGAACAGACUUGAUUAGCUUCUGCUGCAAUUUGCUUGUAAGACAAGCUUCACAAAUGUAGCAUUUUGCUUGACUUUUUUAUGCUUGUGUGAAAAGGGUUUGUUAUUGAAAAGCUUUUCUGCAACAGAAUAUGAAGCCUUUUUUUUAAAUUAUAACACUCAAUUACUUCACAAACUGUGCCACUCAAACAUGCUAAAAAGCACAUGUCAUUUUCUUUUUCUUUUUUUGUGGCUGAGGACAAGCAGAGAAGAGUCAAAAAAGUUGACAAACAGACUAAAAACAUCAGUUGAUCAGCAAUAUUUGUUUAAACUUUGCUGACAUCAGCCACAGUAAGUAGGAUAGCACCUAAGUUACAUAGUCUCACUUUAAAGCCUGUGAAAGUCACACAUAUAUGAAACAUUUGUCAAAAAGGGAAUAUGCAAACUGAAUGAAAAAAGGCAUAGUUGUUAUUGUAUGCCAUAAAGUUGAAGUUUAAUGUAAGCCAAACAGAUGGGAGGACAAUUGAAGGGGUGUCAUUAUCGUCAUUCAGCAGCUAGUAGGCUACAUAAAACCAUCUAUAUUGAUAAAAAAUUCAGUUUGACUGAGGAAUCCUACUUUCCUUUGACGCUAAUGACUCUUCUUCUCUUCGGCUCCGAGAUACUUUUCAGGAAGUCAGGUUUUAUGCUUCACUUACCAGGAUGAAUGCUUGAAGUUUAAUCAUUACAAACUGCGUGCGUGCUCAUUUGUGGAACACAGUGUCAUGUAACUACUCUUAGCCCAGAAGAAGAUGCCUUUUAUUAGGCACUAAAUAUUUUAUGCUCUUCCUCAGGUAACAGCUUUUUCUGGCUGUAGUGUGUUUUGAAGUGUCUGGUAAUUGUUUUUAUUGAGCUUUUGCUGACUAAACAGCUAGUCAUACUAUAGUGUAAAAUACAUUGAACGCAAUAAGCUUAGUGAUAAUGUUCUUGUUACUUUAUUCUGACUUGACAUACAGUGUGGUACUCCAGAUGCCGUGAAUAUAGCCGCAUUCAGUUAUCAAAUGAAUGGUACAGUGUGUUUUUGUUAAUGUGAAUAUUGUGUAACUGCAGUGAUAUCUCUAAGUGCCAUGUGUCAAUAAUUACUGUCACUACAUACUAUAUACGAUUUGUUGUUAUGCUUUAUAUUGAAUGUUUUGUGUUGUUACAUAAUGUGACAUAUUUCUUAUGUAAUAUUGUUUUUUUAAUUUAACCCUUUAUGAGGUAAGUUAAACAUUUAUGUGCCAGACUGUUAACACAAAUUUAAAAAAAAAAAAAGUUUUUUCACAGUUUUAGAUCAAAGUACAUCAUGUAAUAUCACAGAUGCACAAAUGCAACUCAUAUUCAUUGUCUCAUCAGACUCAGGCUAAAGCAACAAUUACUUCUUCCAAAGAGAAACCAAUAAAGCUCAUUUAACGGCUUUAUGAAUACUCAUUUUUGUUUGGUCAGUCACAACCUGCUACGGUGUGUUAUUUCUGAAUAACAGAACGUGGCUAAAAAUAACAGACUGUUUUAAUCAGUAUUUUGUAUCAAGGUAAAUAUAUCUUCAGUAAGUAGCUAUGUGAUAAGAGGGCAAAUGUACAGCAAGUUGGUCAUUAUUGUGAAAAAAACCUCUCAUGAGGGUAAUUUAAUACCUGCAUCUAUCUCCCUGUCGGGGAUUUAUUUUUCGAAAAUGACCCGCUAGCUGUACGUUAUACCUUAAAUAAUACUGGUAACACAUAGCUUUACAAAUAGCUGUUCAAAGACUCAUAAGUCCAAUCCAUUCAAUUCAAACAUUGAAAUAACUUGUUGAGGUAGAUUCUGAUGAGCUUUGAACCUGCAAUUAAAAAGCAAUCGUGUUUUUGUGAAAUUACAAAAAAGCUCCAUAUAGUGCAAUGUCCUCAUUCUUAUGUAACUGCCGUCCAUGUGACUUACAUAUUGACCUCAGUAAGUUUUGUUUGUGCCUUUUGACGUAGCGUCAUCAUAACACUACCUAUUUAUAGCAGUUCUCACUCAGCAUCUGGGCCAGGCCAACCUCUGAGGCUAUUUCUGUCUCAGACUGUCUUGCUUUAUGACGAGACUGAGAGGCGGUAUAUCUCGGACUGAAUGUUUCUUUGCUGUUGGCUCUUCUGACCCAGCGUGUGCUGUCUGCCUUAAGUUAUUGUAACUCAACAUUGCACUAAUGCAAGAGUGCAUAUUUCAUGUGGAUUUGUAUGAAUGUAUUCAAAUAAACCAAGUUUGACUUCUUA